GUCCGCAGUCUCUGUACUGUCUGCAGUCUCUGGUCAUCCCCUGCACUGUCUGCAGUCUCUGGUCUUCUGUACUAUGUCCGCAGUCUCUGGUCAUUCCCUGUACUGUGUCCGCAGUCUCUGGUCAUUCCCUGUACUGUGUCCUCAGUCUCUGGUCAUUCCCUGUACUGUGUCCGCAGUCUCUGGUCAUUCUCUGUACUGUGUCCGCAGUCUCUGGUCAUUCCCUGUACUGUGUCCGCAGUCUCUGGUCAUUCCCUGUACUGUGUCCGCAGUCUCUGGUCAUCUCCUG